AUAAGUCUUUAAAGACUAAUCACGGUUUUCCGUGUGAUGGUUGAAUGGUCUAAAUCUGACACUGAUCAUCUGCAGUUGUGUGUAAAUCUAAGCCAUACAAAGUCGUCGAUAAUACUUUUUCAUCAUGGCGCUAAAACUUCUUGUUGGUCAAAAAAUAAUGAACGAAGUAGUUCGCUACAAAGGGACCCCAAGCAAAACGAAAGCAAAUGGUCAACCUGGAACAGAAUGGAGAAUCCUGAUAGUAGACAAAUUAGCUAUGCGCAUGGUUUCGGCUUGUACAAAAAUGCAUGAAAUUAGUGCUGAAGGAGUAACAUUGGUAGAAGAUAUAAAUAAAAAAAGAGAGCCCCUACCCGCAAUUGAAGCCGUAUAUUUGAUAACACCUUCCGAAGAUUCUAUAAGAUUAUUAAUGAGAGAUUUUGAAAAUCCUGCCAAGCCUACAUAUAAAGCAGCACAUGUUUAUUUCACUGAAGUGUGUCCCGAAGAACUUUUUAAUGAUAUUUGUAAAUCAGUUGUAUCGCGAAAAAUUAAGACGUUAAAAGAAAUUAACAUUGCAUUUCUUCCCUAUGAAUCCCAGGUAUAUUCCCUUGAUUCACCUGUAACUUUUCAAUGUGCAUACUCUCCUGCGCUUGCAUCUGUACGUUAUGGAAAUAUGGAACGAAUUGCCGAACAAAUUGCCACUCUUUGUGCUACCCUUGGAGAAUAUCCGUCAGUACGUUAUCGAAGUGAAUGGGAUGGCAAUGUUGAGCUAGCUCAAAUGGUGCAGCAAAAACUUGACGCUUAUAAAGCAGAUGAACCAACUAUGGGUGAAGGUCCAGAAAAAGCUAGAUCCCAAUUAAUAAUUUUGGACCGUGGUUUUGACUGCGUUUCUCCAUUAUUACAUGAACUUACGCUUCAAGCUAUGGCGUAUGAUUUGCUACCCAUUGUAAAUGACGUUUAUAAAUUUAUUCCAUCGCCUAAUGCAGCUGAAAAGGAAGUUUUACUAGAUGAAAACGAUGAUUUAUGGGUUGAUUUACGUCACCAACAUAUUGCUGUAGUAUCUCAAAGUGUCACUCAGUACUUAAAAACAUUUACGGAAUCAAAACGUCUAACCCAAACAGAAAAGCAGUCAAUGAAAGAUUUAUCACAAAUGAUAAAAAAAAUGCCACAAUAUCAAAAACAGCUGUCAAAAUACUCAACUCAUUUACACCUCGCAGAAGAUUGCAUGAAAUCAUACCAAGGCUAUGUUGAUAAAUUAUGCCGCGUUGAACAAGAUCUGGCAAUGGGCACUGAUGCUGAAGGAGAAAAAAUUAAAGAUCAUAUGCGUAAUAUAGUACCUAUUUUGUUGGAUCAGUCCGUAUCAAAUUAUGACAAAGUACGAAUUAUCGCGCUGUACGUCAUGAUUAAAAAUGGCAUUUCAGAGGAAAACUUGACUAAACUUGUAACGCAUGCCCAGAUUGAACCAAAGGAAAGAGAAAUGAUUACAAAUCUCAAUUAUUUGGGAAUUAACGUUAUAGCAGAUGGCAAUCGUAAAAAAACUUACACAGUUCCACGUAAAGAAAGAAUCAAUGAGCACACAUAUCAAAUGUCAAGAUGGACUCCUGUGAUUAAAGACAUCAUGGAAGAUUCCAUAGAUAACAAGCUUGAUGAACGUCACUUCCCGUUCCUAGGUGGUCGGAAAACGGCAGGUUUUCAUGCCCCAACAAGCAGUGCGCGCUAUGGACACUGGCAUAAGGAUAAAUCGCAAACGGCUGUUAAAAACGUUCCACGGUUAGUUGUAUUUGUUAUUGGAGGAGUAAGCUACUCAGAAAUCCGUUGUGCUUACGAAGUGACUAGUGCUGUAAAAAAUUGGGAAGUUUAUAUUGGAUCAUCGCAUAUAUUGACACCGGAAACAUUUCUUAGUGAUUUAGGAUCCCUCAAUAAAGAAUAAAUAAUGUCUAAAAGGUUUAUGUAUCCCGCUAACGUAAGUGCAAAAUGCACUUUCUCCGUUAUUUGCAGUUGAAAUAAAUAACUUAGCAUGGCCAUCGAUAUGUACUACAAAUUAAUGAAUAAAUAAAUAUAACAAAUAAAAACUUCAAA